AUGCCUGUGGGAGUGACUUGGGGCCAGUACAUGGCGUUCACGGCCGCGGCUACGUUCUCCAUGCUCGCUGGCUCGCAGGUAGUUCACCAGUACUACAAGCCCUUGAAAGAUCUAAAUGAGUACAUAAAUAAGGAGCUAAAGAACUUGCCUCCCAAUGUACAGGAAAAGAUCAGGCAGGAAUUGCAAGAUGAAGGUGUUCUUAAAUAAUUUCCUGCAAGUAGAACAAUAACAUUGAGUGAGCAUUUAAUUUGUAUAAUAUAUUCAUAGUUACAAAUCAA